CGCUGUUGUCACUUCUCCUCCCGGGAACCAAAUAAGGAAAUGACGUGGUGCCUGUGCAGCGAUGGUCCCAAAUAGAAAACUGAAACACUGACACCGGGACCGGGUUUGUGAGAGGAAGAGGAGGGUGCGGGACCUGGCGCUGUGGGACAAGACGAGGAUGGGUGACAAAACAGCAGAUGAGGCAAGCUUCUACUCCAAUGCAGAGGACUACUGGAAAGAGGUUCCCCCCACAGUGGAUGGCAUGCUGGGAGGCUAUGGCAGCAUCUCCAGCAUCGAUAUCAAUGGAUCCAAGGCUUUCCUGCAGAAGUUCCUUGGUGAAGGGCAGGGGAAGACGGGCACGGGCUGUGCUCUGGACUGUGGAGCCGGCAUUGGGAGGAUCACCAAGCGUUUACUGCUGCCUCUGUUCAACACCGUGGACCUGGUGGAUGUGACACAGGAGUUCCUGGACAAAGCCAAGACGUACCUGGGAGAGGAGGGCAAGAGAGUGGGGAACUACCUCUGCAGCGGCCUGCAGGACUUUGUACCAGAGAGUGGACGCUAUGAUGUCAUCUGGAUCCAAUGGGUCAUUGGCCACCUGACAGACGAUCACCUGGUGGAGUUCCUGAGGCGGUGCCAGAAAGCCCUGCGGCCCAACGGCCUCAUCGUCAUCAAGGACAAUGUGUCGUAUGAGGGCGUGGUCCCUGAUGAGGUGGACAGCAGCGUCUGCCGCGACCUGGAAAUAGUUCACAGUCUCGUGGGCAGAGCGGGCCUCCGCAUCGUCCACGAGGAGCAACAAAUGAACUUCCCAAAGGAGAUCUACCAAGUCCACACACUGGCUCUCAGAUAGAGGACUGUUCCCUCCUCCAUGGUAAAGGAAGAGGGUGUAUACAAAGUAUUUCUAAUGUGGAAAUUGUGUUUUUCUAGUGAGCAAUGCAUAUAUUAUCUGUUUGGAAAUGAUCUGCAGUGUUUGUGGAGUGUGUUUGCUAACUCUAAGCAUCGGUCUUCUGCUCUGUGCUUAUUGCUGAGUCAUCGUUUCUGGGCUACCAGGCCUUAAGCUACAGUCACAUUACACUUCUGUCUCCCAUUGGAACUGUGACAGCACAUCCUUUGUCAGCGCUGAGUGCGGGGCCGUUUCAUGGAACGAAGGCUAAUGUGAGCGAACCCCAGUGUCCACUGAGAAGCGGAGUAUCUUCUUAUGUUCUUAAUGUUGUUGUUUUGUAGCUUAUUGAAAACAUGUUUGCAGGUAAUUUAUGAUCAAUGUGGUAACAGAGACUUUGUGGCCGUAUUCUACUGUUUUAAUUAGGGAUGUCCCAAUCAAGUUUUUUUUUUUUUUUUACUCCAACCCCGAUCCAGGUCCUUAAAUAUCGGGUAUCUGCUCACGCCGAGUCUGAUCCGAUACUUAUAUGUUGAUUACAUGUAUCACAUUGGAAUAACAGCUUUACAAAUUUCUUGACCCAAAUACAGAAGGUCCUGGUUCAAAACGA